GGGUUUCGCUGUCGGGUCGAUUGUAUACCGAUGACUUUGCUUGCUGAGGAUGCUAUAAUAAUGUAUUUGAUUUAUGCGGUCAUGUCAUUCCAAACGGUCGCUGUCUAACCAUGUGGUCUCUGUCGUUCCUCCUAGGCCCGGCUCUCUUAGCCGCCGUGAGCCAGGCCGGCAAGACACCAUACGACGAGUACAUCCUCGCGCCUUCGACGCGGAAUCUGGUCCCUGAAACCAUCUACCAGAUCAAUGGCUCUGUUUCGAACGCAGACGUCCUAACCAGCCCUGGUUCAGGAAACGCUACAUUCAACGGUCCUGCAUCUGUGACUUUCGACUUUGGCCGAAACAUCGGCGGCAUAGUCUCUCUCGACAUCGCAUCCGCUUCUUCCUCUGCUGCAUUCGUGGGCGUCACCUUUACCGAAUCCAGUCUCUGGAUCAACAGCGAGGCAUGUGAUGCGACAGCAGACGCAGGAUUCGACUCUCCGCUAUGGUUCCCGGUCGGUCAGGGCCCUGGGAAGUAUACUGCUGAGAAGAAGCAUCUUCGCGGUGCAUUCCGGUACAUGACAGUGGUGACCAACACGACGGCGUCGGUUUCUGUGCGCAGCGUUCGCGUAAAGUACACGGCUGCUCCGACGCAGGAUCUCAGGGCAUACAAUGGGUACUUCCACAGCGACGACGAACUGAUUAAUCGGAUUUGGUAUGCCGGUGCAUAUACCCUUCAGCUUUGCACGAUCGAGCCCUCCACCGGCGACAGUCUGACCACCCUGGGUGAGAUUUCGUCCAUCGACAACAUCACCCUUCCCGAGACCGUACCAUGGUACAACAACUAUACAAUCUCCAACGGCAGCACGGUGCUGACCGAUGGCGCAAAGCGAGACCGUCUCAUCUGGCCCGGCGACAUGUCAAUUGCGGUGGAAAGUGCCGCAGUCAGCACGGGGGAUCUGGAAAGUGUGAAGAACGCACUGGAAGCCCUGUUCUCCCAGCAAAAGACCAACGGCCGCUUGCCCUACGCUGGCCGUCCGUUUACCGACCGGGUGAGCUUUACGUACCAUCUGCACAGUCUCGUCGGUGUGUCGGAUUACUACCGCUUGACCGGGGAUCGCACAUGGCUGUCCAGGUACUGGAACCAGUACAAGCGUGGUGUGCAAUGGGCCUUGUCGAGCGUUGACCAGACCGGCCUGGCCAAUAUUACUGCUUCUGCCGACUGGCUGCGUUUUGGCAUGGGUGCUCACAACAUCGAAGCAAACGCCAUCCUCUACUACGUCCUCGACCAAGCGCAAGACCUAGCAAGCACCCUGCACGACCAAACUGCCACAAACUGGAGCAGCAUCGCCUCGGGCAUCAAAACAGCCGCGAACCAGCGCCUCUGGGACAGCGACGCGGGACUAUACCGCGACAACGAAACGACCACUCUCUACCCUCAAGAUGGCAAUGUCUGGGCUAUCAAAGCUAACCUUACUCUUUCCGAGAAGCAAUCUUCCAUUGUUUCAUCGUCCCUUCGCUCCCGCUGGGGUCCUUAUGGUGCACCCGCGCCUGAAGCUGGGAAGACCGUGUCUCCAUUCAUCAGCGGGUUCGAGCUGCAGGCGCAUUAUCUUGCUGGUAACGCAGAUGCAGCCCUUGCACUUAUGCGCACACAGUGGGGAUUCAUGCUCGACGACCCGCGGAUGACCAACUCAACCUUCAUCGAGGGCUACUCGACCGACGGGUCAUUGGUGUAUGCACCGUACAACAACGACCCGCGCAUUUCACACGCGCACGGCUGGUCUGCAGGCACGACAGCCGCAUUAACCUUCUACACGGCUGGUCUGCAUCUCACAGGUCCCGCGGGCUCGACUUGGAAGUUUGCGCCGCAGCCGGGGAAUCUGACAGAUGUGGAUGCUGGGUUUUCGACGCAGCUGGGUGCGUUUUCGACCACGUUCAGUAAGACGGAUGACGGGUUUCAGCGGGUGUCGUUUAAUGCGCCCAACGGGACGACGGGGGAUGUUGAGUUGGUUGGGGCUAAGGGGUCUUUGGUUUCGAGAAAAGGAAGGCGAGUUGAACUUGUUGAUGGAAAGGCUAAGGGUUUGGCGGGUGGACACUGGGAGUUAAAGUGAUGUGUGCAUCCUAGGAAUGUACCUACUCAGUGAUUGUAUGAAAUAGUCAAAAAAGAAAAUCGAUAUCAUGCGUUCAAUAAAUAUGAUACAUUUCAUGCGCUAAUCAAGCCAUAGAUACAUUACCCUCAACAAACAAAUCCCAGCUAUUUCUUCUGCAACGCCUUCCUCAAUUUCCCAACGGUCCCACUCGACUGGAUAUCCCCAUCGUCUGCACCACUCUCAUUGUUGUUGUUGUCGCUGUCGCUGUCGCUGUCGCUGUCACUGUCGCUCUCGCUAUCAUCCUCCGACUCGCUGUCCGACGGCGGGUCGAAGACAUCCUUCUUCCGGGUAACAGUCGCCAUACGCGCCUCCUGCAACUGCGCGUCGUAAUUUUGUUUCUGGGCGGUAAUGACGUUCCUGAGGCCUUGAAGGCUCGCGCGCGCGCUCGAGAGUUUGUUGACGGAUUGGA